AUGGCAGAGACGACCCUCAGACCAGCAAUUCUGAUUGUGUCGGACACUGCCUCCCAGAAUCCCUCGUCGGAUCGAGUAGCCGACACUCUUACGGCGGUGUUCUCAUCUGAAGGUUCGAGCAGCUGGGAGAAACCCGCCAUUAAGAUCGUGCCUGAUGAUGUGUCGAGUAUCCAACGAACCAUCUGCAAUUGGACAGAUGGUCCGGACUAUACGAAUUUGGUUCUUGUAAGCGGUGGUACGGGAUUUGCGGUGAAGGAUAAUACUCCAGAAGCUGUAUUUCCUCUCAUCCAUCGUCAUGCAUCCGGACUUGUACAUGGCAUGUUAGCAUCUUCUUUGAAAGUCACUCCAUUUGCAAUGAUGUCCCGCCCUGUUGCAGGAGCCAAGGAAAACCUCGAGGCAGUAAUUAAAAUGCUUCCCCACGCGUGUAUCCAAGCGGCUGGCGCGAACUCCCGGGAGAUUCAUGCUGGCGGUGUUAAAAAGCUGGAGAUUGAUGCAGGCAUCUCUUCCGGGAGCAACCAGAUAGAACCCCAACCAGGACAAUCCCAUGCUCACCACCACCAUCAUCAUGACCACUCCCAUGGUCAUGGACAUGUCGUCCCGAAAGCGCACACCUCCCCAUCGGAGAGGCCGAACUCGAAUGAUCCGAAUGCCGGACCAAAUCGGCGCUAUCGCUCGUCGCCAUACCCGAUGCUUUCUGUGGAUGAAGCACUCCAAUUGAUCAGUAAACAUACGCCCGAUCCCGUGGUUGUCGAAGCCCCAGUUACUACCAGUUUAGUUGGAUCCGUUAUUGCAGAAGAUGUAUACGCCGGAGAGGCGGUGCCAGCGUAUCGAGCUAGCAUUGUUGACGGGUACGCUGUGAUCGCCCCCGAGUCGCCUGAUGUUGGUCCCACUAUAAAAGGGGUUUUUCCUGUGGCGUCAGUAACCCACGCGAAUCCAGGAGGUAGCCUGGCGCCACUUGAGCCAGGAACUAUUGCAAGGAUAACGACAGGAGCUCCUCUUCCACCAAAUGCCAACGCCGUUGUUAUGGUUGAAGACACAGUGUUGAUCUCGUCAACUCCCGAUGGUAAAGAAGAAGCAACCGUGGAGAUCCUCACUGGUGACAUAAAACCCAACGAGAACGUACGCGAACCAGGUAGUGAUGUCGUGUUGGGAUCCAAAAUUCUUCGGAAAGGAGACUUGGUCACCUCUGUUGGAGGAGAGAUCGGUCUUCUAGCAGCGACAGGGACCAAGACAGUCAAGAUAUUCAAAAAGCCCUGCGUAGGUGUUCUGAGCACUGGGGACGAGCUGGUGGAACAUGACGACCUAAGAAAGCUCUACGGGGGCCAAAUCCGGGACUCUAACCGGCCAUCUCUUCUAUCCUGCCUUGGUUCCUGGGGCUUUCCCACAGUUGAUCUUGGAAUCGCUCGGGAUACCCCGGUAGGGGAACUCGAACACAAUCUAAGAAAUGCUCUCCGGGGAGUGGGAAAAUCCAACACCAGUGUUGAUGUGAUUGUCACCACGGGGGGUGUAUCGAUGGGAGAGCUUGACCUGCUCAAACCCACUAUUGAGCGUUCCCUCGGCGGUACAAUCCACUUUGGUCGAGUCUCCAUGAAGCCAGGCAAACCGACAACAUUCGCGACGAUCCCAUUCAAGGCCUCAUCAUCGACACAGUCAGAGCAGCAAGAGCGCGAGAGCAAGCUCAUUUUCUCCCUCCCCGGAAAUCCCGCCUCGGCCUUGGUAACCUUGAAUCUGUUCGUGCUUCCUUCCCUACACAAGCUGAUGGGAAUGGGCCAAAGAGAUGUCCCUACUGGUGUUCACCCGGCUCUUGGGCUACCUCUGGUAUCUGUCUGCCUGGCACAUUCGUUCCCACGCGACCCCAAGCGCACCGAGUACCACCGUGCCAUUAUAACAGGGUCUCGGACUGACGCACGGCUGUACGCUUCAAGCACGGGGCUGGAAGGUGUUGGCCAGCGAAGCUCGAGGGUUGGAAGCCUUGCGAGCGCGAACGCACUAUUAGUACUUCAGCCUGGGAACGGGAUACUCGAAAAGGGUACUUUGGUGGAGGCAUUGAUGCUAGGAGCUGUCGCUGCCGAAAGCUAG